GCACUAGACACCCCCCUUAAGCCCGCAGUAUAAACAAGCUCUUCAUCACCAAUCCGGGGAUCCUCCCGCAGAAAAAUCAAGGCAGCACGAGAAAUCAAGCUUGAGAUCAACAAGGGAACACUCAUAGACAGACAGCCCGCUAGCACGCAGCCAUACACAUGGGGAACUGUUGCAAGCUGCAGCGCGCGGCGUCGUGGGUGGACGACGACGAGUGGGAGGCGGCGGAGGACAAUGGGACAGCCGCCGUAGAGAAGACGGAGCGCGUCGAGGUGAAGAUCAGGGUGACAAGGAGGCAGCUGCAGGAGCUGCUGGAUAAGGCCAUGGGUCGGGACGGCAAGGUGCAGCAGGUGGAGAAGGUGCUGGAGGAGCUGAUGAGCUCCGGCAGGGUGUGCUACCAGCCUCCGGAGGAGAUGAUGAGGGAGCAUUGGAGGCCGUCCUUGUACACCAUACCGGAAACUGCAGAGGAGUCAUGACCGACAACAACUCGUCAGUUUUGGGCCUUCGGACGGAGGCUGUACAGACUGUUGUGUCUCUGAUUAGUUCUGUAUGUGCAUACUUGCUGUAGGAAGAUACAGGUUUUAGCGAUUCUUUCUGAGAUAUUGUACAGUACAGGCUUGAAAAUGAAAAUGCUGGUCGAGGAAAAUUACUGGAACUUUUUUACUUCCUGGUACCUCUGAAUUUUGUUUACCCAGCUCGCUCUCCACUUCCAUGUAUGAGCGGUCACUAC